AUGGUGCCUGCUGCAAGCGUCGGAUCCCUUGCGAGAGCUUCCCCGGUGGUCGGAUUCAGGCCCAGCGCCAUUGCAAAGCCAGAGACUCUUGCUUCAGUCCAGAAGAUCAUCGCCACCCAGCUCUCGAUCGAUCAGUCCAGCGUCACUCCAACUGAUCUUGGAGCCGACUCAUGCUUUGAUUCGUCUCCAAAGGUUGAGGUGAUGAUGCAACUCGAGGAGAACUUCAAGAUCAGCCUGGGCGAGGAAGGAACCGAGAAGAUUGUCACCGUGCAAGACGCUGCCGAUUUGAUCGAGGAUGUGAUCGCCAAGUAG